UUUUCAUUUCCUCACUAGCUGAAUAAACGGACAGUAAUAACGAAUCGGAAAACCCCAAAUAAAAAUUGUGUCCCAGUUUCCUCAAUUUGUUUGAUAUGCAAUUAUUCCGUCAAUUGUUAUUCGAUCGGGCUUACUUUGUUCGUGUGUUAAUUUGAACUCUGAUUCAGACAGAUAGCCGCUUACACAUCAUCAGAAUAAUUUCGGAUAAUACAGGGGCUUUGUGGGUGCAAACAUAAGGAAACGAAAAAGACGACAAAGAGGAGAACGAACGGAAAUAAAAUGUUAAUCGAUGUGUCUAAUAAUUUAUAUUCCGUCCGACUGGAGUCAAUAAUAUUUGUAGGCACUUUCCGACACGACUUUCGCUUGUGUGUAGUGUGUAUUUAAUAGCCAGCAAGAGUUCCGAAACAGAGAGAAAACUGUGUCACACGUGGAGUGUCGUACACUCAUAUAAGUAUAAUGGAUGUGGAAAGUUGUGCCAUGAAUAAAAUAAAACAAAUGGAAAUUGAAGCUCAAAGUGAAGGUUACGAAAGGUUACCGAACGAUGAAGAAGAAACCGAGACUAUCGUUGAGGAUGACGAAACAUUCGAUGAAACGAACAUUCAGCAUAUCAUUGAAAACAGUUCGACCGAAAAUAAAAUUCAUUUUAGCUUAUCGCAAGAGCAAAUAUUUACUGUACACACAGCAUCUCCACCAUCUCCACCUAUUCAGACAAAUUCGAAUUUAAAUCGGUGUGAACGGUUACUGAAUUCAGCGUCGAUUGAUUUACCCAGGUCAAUCAAACCCGCUGUAACUGUUUCGUUGGCUAAUAAUUCGGAUCGAAACUGUUUGAAUGGACACAUCGAAACGGAAAAAAGUUUUGCAGAGACGACCGAAUUUUCCAUAUCAGCAAAUGAGAAGAGUGAUUUGUUAAGAAAAUUCAGCGUUUCAGCCAUUGAAACAAGGAAAGCAGAUCUGUUCGCAUUCAGUAGCACUAACAAAUCGAGAGCUUUGGACCAAGAAUUCAAAUGUUCCAUUUGCUUUGAUGCGUUUGUCGACCCUAGAGUUCUCGAUUGCUUGCAUUCAUUCUGUUUAGAUUGUUUGGCCGAUAUUGAAUUGGACAAGUAUCAUAAGUCGAAGGUCAACGAUUUAUGUGAAUUGGAUUUUAAUUUUUCAGGUGCGAGAAAAACAUCGGAAUCAACUUUUCCGACCUCACUUUCUGUAACAUCAUCAAUGGAAACAGAACAGAAAAAAUCGAAUGGUAUUCCUCGGCCGACCGCCAGUGGACAACGAACUCCACAAACUAAAAAGAAAGUGGACAACAAGAACACGAUGAUGAAACCGAUUAAAGGUCGCUUGUCAUGCGUAUCCUACACCGAAAAUCUAAAACCAAUUCAAUGUACCAUUUGUGGUUACGAAACUGAUAUCCCGAAUGGAGGAAUCAAUAAUUUGCCGCAGAAUUGCAUUUUAGCUAAAAAAGUUAAGGAAGCUUUGCUGAAAGUUGGAAUGAUUUCAUGCGGAUUGUGUUACAACGAUGUGAUGGCAAUAGCAUCCUGUCUCACCUGCAGCGUUAAUUUAUGUGGAUUCUGUAUCCAAGCACAUGCACGUCAAAGAUCAACUUUGAUGCAUGAAGUUAGAUAUUUUACCGAUCUUAAGAAUGAGGAUCACCCUAAGGAUGACAUUAUUAAACCGUUGAUCAACUGUACCCUACAUCCUGAUCACGAUUUAAAACUAUUUUGCAUAACCUGUCUGCAAACGGCGUGUAGUAAUUGUACGCUACUUCUACAUCGGGGUCAUAAAUGUGAACCGAUAAGAAAAGCCUGCCGAAAUUAUGUGAAAACGAUUAAGGAUUCGUUGGCCAAAACUAAGCCGAUUAAGGACUGUGCCAUCGACUCGAUAUCAAAAUUAAAUUUACUUUCACGUUCCAUAGGCCUGUCUGCGGAAGUAGUCCAAGGCGACGUGGAGAUUUUCUUAACCGAAUAUUUGAAAGCGUUAGAGGUGCACCGAAAAACUCUACUCAUUCAAAUAGCACGCGCCAAAGAAGCGAAAAUUGUAUCGAUCAAGGACCAGCAAAUGGAUCUGUCGAAACGAGCAUCUGAUGCUGACACGGUAAUAAAAUUUACCGACGAACUGUUGUCGAAUGGUAGUGAUAUUGAGAUACUGUCGUUCGCUGGAAUAUUGAUGCGUCGAUUUGAAUAUUGCCAAAAAUCGAAAGUUCCGUUCGCCUCAAAGACGUCUGACACUUUAAAAUUUUUGCCAGAAGUGCGGGCACCAAAAGUAAAGUCUGAAAAUAAUGUCAUCAUACCACUGUACGGCAUUAUAACGACACAGAUAGCCGUACCGAAAUACUGUUCGUUAGAGUCGGACGAUUUAAUGUUCCUUCGAAUUAACCGGAAAGCGGAAAUCGUUAUGGUUUCGAGGGACUGUUACGAUAAGCAGUUGUGUCAUGGAGGGCUUACCAUAAAUGUUGAUUUAAAGUAUAAGGACUCAUCGAAGCAUAUUCCAACGGAUGUCAGCGAUAAGAGGGAUGGAACGUACAUCAUCUCUUUCAUACCAGAAAUUGUGGGCAAUCUCUGCUUGUCCGUUGCCAUUCACGACAAGCCCAUUAAGGGGAGUCCGUACAAACUUUGCGUUCGCACACUACGGACGCAUUCGGGAGUGUUUCAUUGUUGUUCGUUUUGUUCGAGUAACGGAUCAAAAAUUGCUAAAUGUGCAUGUGGUGCUAAAAUGCCUGGCGGAUACAAUGGUUGCGGACAUGGACAUCCAGGCCAUCCGGGCAGACGGCACUGGUCAUGCUGUGGAAGUGAUUUACAAAGCUCUGAAUGCUCUGCAACAAAUACUUUCAGAGCGUAGAAUUGGAGAGAACAUUUGGUUUUUUACUGAUUGAAGCUUAGUUACAACGUUUUGAGGCAUAGUUUAAUCAUCAUAUUGUUGUCCAUAUGAACUGUUACUGUAUAAUUCAAGGUUAAUAGCUGUGAAAGUCUAAAAAUUUGAUAUCGUAAAAUAAA